UAAAUAUGACCAGUUUGACAAGGCUGACUUGUCAGUUCCAAACAUGGCUGUCAUGGAACAAAUUCAAAAGUUCUUGAAGAAGAACCAAACUUUGCGGCAAUUCUUAAGCUUCUUUCGUAUCUUCAUUAUCUUGGGCUGUUUGGGAUUUGUUUGCGUUGGAUGGGCGAGAUCAUUGAUCAAAUAUAUAUCUGGCCAAACGUCCAUUAGCAACAUUGUUAAUGAGACCAACUCCUACCGUUACCCCUCGGUAACUUUUUGUCCAAAAUUCCGAGGUUAUGAUAACCUGGUUGAGGAACUGGAAAAAAGAGCCAACAUUACUGGCAAGGAAACCAUUGAAGAGAUUGACUACGACGAUCUCCUGAAGAACCUGACUCUGAGAAGGGAUCAAUUUCUCACAUUCUUCACCCACCCACCCGGAAGACAGGGUGGUCCUGCAAAUGGCUUGAACGUUUUGGCAAAUGACUCUCUGUGGGAAACUUCCAUUCCACAUCCAAAGGCCAGUGGUCAAUGUCACACUUAUAAUCCGAAGUUUGAAUCAUAUGCCUCAAAGUGGUAUGGUAUAAGAUUUGGAAUCAAGUUACCUGACACUGAAGGUCUUUCUUCCGAGGACAAAAUUGCGGAGUUACAAAAUCUCAAGAUUUAUAUACAUGACCCCGGUCAGUUUAUGCAUUACGAAGAGGACGACCGACCCCAUUCGCAUAAGCUGGACAUGUCUUGGUUCAAGUUUGGACAAGAGAAUAGCCUAUCGGUCAAGUUUGGCCGAUUCACAGCUUUAAGCAAGAUAGAUCGAGUUUGCACCAACGAUGUUACUACUUAUGUCUUCAAGGAUUGCGUCAGGGACAAGUUUAAUUCUUGGCGAAAGUGUCAGGCUCCAUGGAAUUAUGAUCGAAGUUCUGCCUUUCCCAUGUGCUCGAAUAUCAAAAAUAUUUCGAACCUAUUUAGCACUAAAACAACCGAAGCUGACCAAGACUUUAAUCAGCACUUCUUUUCAACUCUCAGUCUUUCCCAACAUACGAACUGUCCCCUUCCAUGUACCGUGUCCACUUUCAACAUCCAUUACUCCUCAUAUCCGCCUCCCUAUUGGAAUAGAUGGAUGGACAACGGAGCAGAUUGGAUUGCGUAUAUAUGGUUCAAAAACUACCAAUUCCAAUAUGACACAGAGUAUGUGGUUUGUGAUUACACCUGUCUGAUUGGUGAGAUUGGGGGUAAUCUUGGUUUUUUCUUGGGAGGAUCGGUUUUGGCUUAUAUGAACACCAUUGUCAAACCUCUAUUGGAAACCAAGAACCCAUAACUUGGAUAAAAGUAAAAUGAUUUAACGAAAAAGUUCGAUGCACAUUAAUAAAUACAUUAGUUUCGUUCAUU